GAAAGAGAGAAUAUCCUAACUCCUUAGCGUUUUAGAGCCCGGAAGUCGUUUGCCACAAGCGUUAGUCUAUAACGAUAGGCUACACCUUGUGGUCAAAGAAAUACCCGCUAACUGAUGGCACAAAACUGACAGAAUGACAAUAAUAGUUUUGGAAUUGGAUUCUUUGCUUGAUAUCUACUUUGAUGGUCUCUUGUUCCAGAAAUUGGCCACCACAAAAGGACAGUCUUUUCAUUCAAAAAGGAAUAUCUUUUCAGCUAGAACCUAAUAAACAAUGGUUUGAGUUUGUGCCUAAGAGCCCCAACCAAAUUCUUGAUCUGUUUUCGUCGAGAAGAGCCCCAAACAUGAGUGGGAGUGGCCAUUAUUAUGACUAUAUGCCAGAUCAGGUUCAGAGAUAUGUGCAGAGAGAUGAGUUUGAGAGCGUCCAUAGCCUUCCUGGUCGGUACAACUGGAACAGAUCGCAGCCCGGAUUUCCUCGCUCUCCUCCGGUUGAAGAGCUGGGUAAUCAGUACAACUGGAGCAGAACCCAACCCGGAUUUCAUCACUCUCAGCUAGACGAGCCUGGUAAUCAGUACAACCGGAACAGAAUUCAAACCAGAUUACCUCACUGGGAAGAGCCUCCCUCCUUCCCGAGCCAGGACCCAGGCUAUCCUCGAAGGUUGCCAAAUCCAAGGAGACCCAUAGGAGCGCCUCUCAGAUUCAACAGCGUUCAAUCAGGAAAUAGGCCACCAGCCCCGCCACGCCCCCCAAUCCGAGUUGUUGUUCUUGAAGACAGCGUGUCAGCAAAUGCUUGGCAAACUCAAUUGGCUCGAAUGGAUCAGUCUCCUCCUUCUCGUUCUCCUCCUCCUCCUUUUCGGAUGUUCAUGCAGCAGCCCGAAGAUGAUAGUCCUCAGUCCUCGACCAACGAGUCCAAGCUAACCACAGACGAGCAACACAAGGUGUUGGCUAAGCUCAGGAAAGAAAUUUACAACCCUGCAACAACUCUCCCGAACCUCUACUUCAGGGACAGGAACCACACCGCACAGACGCAGGAGGCGUCGAAGGACAAAGACGAGAACUGGAAGAGGUGCGCGGUUUGCCUGGAAGAUUUCGAGGCCCGGGAAGUCGUGACUCUCACUCCCUGCAACCACAUGUUUCAUGAGGACUGCAUUGUCCCCUGGGUUAAGAACCAUGGGCUGUGCCCUGUCUGCCGCUUCGCCAUUUGUGAGAGGCUCAAGGAGAAUGCCGCCCCGCCUGCGCCUCCAAGACGCACCGGGGUUCCUCCCCCUCGCCGUCUCUUUCCUCCUCCCCCGCCUCCGUCUCGUGAUAACGACAUGUUUGCCAUAAUGAGAGCGCUUGUGUUGGAGGAUGACUAUGAGUUGCAGAGCAUGAUACCUGCUCUGUUGGGAAGAUAAGCAGAGAAGGCGUAAACUAAUGUCCUCAACGCAACAACACCCUUGAAAGAGUUGAUCCCAAGUUGAAGUUCAACUAGACCGCAGAAUGUGCCGAUACCAAUGUUGUAUGAAAAACAAAUAAAUCAAUAUCUUGAAUUUACUUCCAAAACUUGAACAAGUAUGCAAUACUGAAUCCCUGAAGAAUAAAAUAAGAAUACUAUUUAAGUUCAUCGUUA